AUGGCAACGUUAGGCGCAAUUGUGGUGGUGCUAUGCUUUUCGGGAAUUUUGGCCCAGUCAUCGUCUGAGACAACUGUCUCUACAGCUGUCCCAAGCCCAUCUGCGGCACUUGAUUCUUCUCUGCCCUCGCAGGUUCCGGUUCCUCCCACGCAGGCUUGGUGUCCAUCUGAAAUCUUCUGUGCUGGUCCGCUGCUGCAGACGGUGAAUGUCGCCGCGCUGUAUUCCGAUCCUAAGACUUUUGUGGACAAGCCCACAAAUAAAUCGGCUGAGGAUGUCCUGUCCGACUUUGAAAAUAUAACGAGCGGUAACGUCACCGAAGGACAAAUUGUAGACUUCGUCGAUGCCGACUUCCGUGGGGAAGGUCUAGAAUUGGAGGUGCUAACUUUGAAUAACUUCAACGAAAAUCCUCUUUUCUUAGCGAACGUAUCUGAUUCGCUGCUGAGGGCUUGGGCGCAAACUGUCCAUGGCUACUGGAGUCAGCUGAUUCGCACGACUAAUUCCUCCGUUCUUUGCUCAGGAACAACUUGUGAGAGCUCUCUGAUUCCCUUGAAUCAUACUUUCGUCGUGCCAGGGGGUCGAUUUCGUGAACAAUAUUACUGGGACAGUUUUUGGAUUGUCGAAGGACUUCUUGAGUCACAAUUAUACGAUAUAGUCAAUGAUACGUUGCAAAAUUUCAUGGAUGAGCUGGAUACCAUUGGGUUCAUUCCGAAUGGGGGACGAAUCUAUUACCUAAACAGGUCCCAGCCGCCUCUAUUUGUCCAGAUGCUGUUCCGCUAUAUCACUGUGACAAACGAUACAAGUAUAUUAACCAGGGCGUUGCCCCUUGCUGAGAAAGAACUUGAUUGGUGGCAAGAAAACCGCACAGUCAAUGUGACAAGCCCGUCGAGUAAUAAAGUGCACGAGAUGGCCCGGUAUGCUGUCAACAAUACUGCUCCAAGGCCCGAGUCCUAUUUGACGGAUUACUUGACCGCUAAUGGAGCUGAUGUAUCGCCAGCACUAAAUGAAAGCCAACGCUCGUCUCUGUAUGCAGAGCUUGCCAGCGGUGCAGAAACAGGAUGGGAUUACACCUCUCGCUGGCUUAGCAAUCCAGCCUCGGGAAAUGCGGAUCUGAAGGAGUUGAACGUUCGAAAUACGAUACCUGUUGACUUGAACAGCAUCUUGUACAGAAACCAUAUAAUCAUGGAACAGUUAUACUCGAACAACGAAACUGCGGCGGUCAGGCAUCGCGAUAAAGCCGCUUCUAUUCGUGAAGGGAUUCUUGACUUAUUAUGGAACUCGACAAAAAUGGGAUUCUAUGACUUUAAUAUCGCAUCCGGAAGGCAAAACAGCGUGUUUUCUGCUGCCUCGUAUUAUCCAGUAUGGUCUGGUAUCACUCCUGCAGAAAUUCUGAGCGGCGCAGAGGGUGCAUUCAAAUAUUUCGCUCCUCUCAAUUUGAUUCUCAAACGUUUCAACGGCACAUUUCCAAGCACAUUUUUGGAUACCAGUCUUCAAUGGGAUUUCCCUAACACAUGGGCCCCCCAUCAAUAUAUCAUCCUCCAAGCCCUUCGCGCUCUACCUUCCAAUAUCACCAGUGCUACGCUUUCUGCGCUGUCUUCCAAUCAUUCUACGUUUGAUCUUUUACCUCCUGACCAACUUGGCAUUUCGGAAUCCCAGCUUCCUAGUCAAACGCUUUUGUCAGGUGUCAAUGCGACUAACCUGGGACCCGAAGCCGACAUCAACGCUUUGAAUGGGACGGUUAUAAACGGUGGGAACUCGACAGACAAUGAAGGUUGGGCUCAGACCCUCCAGAGAGAACUUGCAAAUAGGUAUUUUGCUAGCGCCUUUUGUAGUUGGCAUGCAACAGGUGGCGAAAUACCGGGUGUUCUACCUCGUCUUUCUGAUGCUGAGCUCAAUGUAACCCAGAGCGUCAAUAACACUGGCAAUAUGUUUGAGAAAUUCUCGAGCCUGGACAUCGAUUCUGCCGGUCGUGGAGGAGAAUAUACAGUUCAGGCUGGCUUUGGAUGGACCAAUGGCGUCGUUCUCUGGGUAGCGAGCAUAUACGGAGGUGUCUUGGCAACACCAGAAUGCCCUGUGUUAUUGACCAACACGACGCAAGGAGGAGAUUCGACCUCCAAUUCAGUGACCGGAUUGGCAGGCAAUUCCAAGACCAUGGCAUUACUGCUCGUCUUUGUCAGCCUCUUGACUCUUUGAAUGAAUAACAGGACAGUUGUAUCUCACGAAGGACGGUGCCGGUGCUUGGUUCGAAAGAAUUGAAGACUGAGAUCUACGAAGAGAUCUAAAGUGCUUGAGAGUGUAACUUUCCAUACUUAGC